UUUUAGUAAUGAAAACAGCGCUGAAGAAAAAUAUAAUGAGUCGCUAUGUAAAUGUACAUCCAUAACAAGAGGUGAAGCAUUAUUAAUGACACUGCUGUUAGGAGCUCAGCAAUCUUUACCGUGGACAACUAUAAUAGCAAUAUUGUCUCUAAUCAAUACUUUGUUCGGUCAUAAAGUAGUUCCAGAGUCAAAGUAUCAACUUUUUAAACUAUUGCAACUUGACGAUAAAAUGAUUUGCUACCAUAUGUUUUGUAAGGAUUGUUCACUAUAUAUUGGGGCUCAAAAUAAUUCAAAUUCUGAAGACUUGACGUGUCCUAAUUGCGGAAUUGAGGAUAAUUCAUCAAAUAUUUCGUUUUUCUUAACUUUAGACAUGGAAACGCAACUUAAAACAAUAUUACAAGAUAGUCAAGUACAAGAAGCUCUAAUCGACCGUUUCGAAGGAAAAAACCAAAAAAGGGACUUUCAUGAGAUUGAAAACAUUACUGAUGGACGAAUAUACAAGAAAUUAUCAAUUGCAAAUAAUCCAUUAUCAGAAAAUUUUAAUUUAACAUACACCUUUAAUACAGAUGGAUGCCAAGCAUCAAAAUCUUGUAAAAUUUCAACCUGGCCAAUCUAUAUCAUUAUAAAUGAAUUGCCUCCUAAAUUGCAGACGAAACAUAUGAUUAUGUGUGGUCUUUGGAUACAUGAAAAAGAACCAAAUAUGCAAAUAUUUUUGAAACCAUUCGUUGAUCAAGGCAACAAAUUAUCAGAAAAAGGCUUUGACUGGAAGUUAAGAGAUAGAAUGAUUGUCAGCAAAUUCAUUCCUAUCUGUGCUGUUGUUGACUCAGUAGCGAGAUGCAAGCUACUAAAUAUGAAAAAGUUUAAUGGUUCAUACGGGUGUACGUUUUGUGAGCAUCCGGCAGAAACUGUUGAAGGAUAUAAA